AUGGCAGGUUUCAUAUCUGAACUUGGACAAAGCGGUUUAUUUGUUGGAUGUUCCGUCAUGAGUGGCAUACAACUUUUUCUAUCAACUACUUUACUAUUUUACACGUCUUUUAUCAAAGUUUACAAAAAAUUUGCUAUAACACUAAAAUAUAAACAGAUUGGCAACACUUUCUGUGGCGAAGGAUUUUCCUUAGAGCACAAUUGCAGCACAACGUAA